ACAAAUGAUAUCAACAACAGGGAAGUGUCAACGCUUCGUUGUUACAGAUUUUCCAAUGGAUUAACCGAGAUUUGAUCAUUAAUGUUACAGUCACUCGUGUACAUUCUGAAAGGAACUAUGAGUGAGUUCUGUUGAUUCUACGCUAGUUUAGCUUUUGACGAAGACUUUCAACAUGAGGUCCGAUUCUCCUCUCUCCAGCGUCAACGUAGUGCUUGUUAUGGCCUACGGAAGUCUGAGCGACACUGUUGAUUGUGGACUUUGGAAUGUUGUCCCACUUCACUUCAAUGGCUGAACGAAGUUGCAGUAUAUUGGCGGCAACUGAAACACGUUAUCGUACACAUCGAUCCAGAGCAUCCAAACAUGGUGACAUGUCUGGUGUUUGUGCUGCUGUUCAUCUUUGUGAAGAGGCAGAUAAUGCGCUUCGCCAUGAAGUCUCGUAGAGGACCACAUGUACCCCUGGGCCACAACGCUCCAAAGGAGCUGAGACAGGAGAUAGACUCUGGUCUGUCCAAGGUUCAGGAGAUCCGCUUUGAGCCACGCCUGCUGUCUGAACAGGACGACAGACUACAGAGUGGCGGUUGCUAUGACUACCUAUACAGAAUGAGGGCACUAGAUGCCAUAAGAGACUCUGAUAUUCCGUUCAGUGAGUUGGGAGGGACUCCCACAGCUGUGACAGGGAGGAGAUUCCGCGCCUGGCUUCUAGAUCUGAGGAGUUCCCAUUCCCUGUUCUGCAGCAGCCGUAGUUCCCUCAUAGACACACUGCUGGAGGGCUACCACAACGCUCGCCACGGCACCGGGGUGUUUGGAGAAGCAGAGUUUGUCAAAUACAAGGAAGCCCUGAACGAACUGGCCUCUGUUUAUUCUUCUCUCCCCAGUGUGAAGAGCCACUCCAGUUCCACCAGUCUGGACCAGCAUCACCAGUUAGCAGCUAAAGACUUGACCAGUACCCCAGAGCCCACCCCCCCCUCUCCCCCCUCCCAGGUCACAUACCUGCCGUCAGCUGGGCAACGCACCAAAAGACCAAAACACUUCCUGGAACUCAAAAACUUUAAAGACAAGUACAACACCUUGGAAAGCACAUUCUGAGAACUACAAUCUCCUAUGGCAUAACACAAGAAACUACAAUUCCCGACAACUUGCUGCCUCUGACAACUGCAACUCCCUACAACCCUGAGAACUUACAACUCCCUAGAAAACAACCUGAAAACUACAACAACUUCUCUGCUACUACUUUAAAUCUGUUUUGUUGCGAGUACUGGACUCACCUUUCCUUCUCUAUUUCCAAAGUAGAUAAAAUCUGUGGUUCUGCCCCUGAACAAGGCAGUUAACCCACUGUUCCUAGACCAGUUAACCCACUGUUCCUAGGCCGUCAUUGUAAAUAAGAAUUAGUUCUUAACUGACUUGCCUAGUUAAAUAAAGGUGAAAUAAAACGGAAAUGAAGGUAGUGAUAAGUAGAGCUCCUGGAGGUGACAGAUACUGGGGUUUGUGGUAAAAGAAGAGGUUGGUGAGUUAGUUUAGUGAGAGACUUGUUAGUGCCAGCAGAGAGAGAAGAGACUUGUUAGGGUUGGUACAGUUGGGAAGACUGGAGCACAGCAGGAUUAACAGUAGCAGAGCACAGCAGUAUAGGAAUGACAGUAACAUUACACUGCCUUACUAGUCCUGAGGAAAAACACUGCCUACUAUCUAUCAUGCAUCUCACAUAAUAAAUAGUGCACUAGAUUUAAGCUUAUUUGACGUUAAACAUCGUUGUGAACGUUUGCACAGACUUUGCAGGUAGAUCAUCAUGUAGGGCUAUGCAAAAGAGAUAAGCUACAUGCAGUGUUUCCCAAACUUGGUCCUGGGGACCCGAAGUGGUGCACGUUUUGGGUUUUGCCCUAGCACUACACAACUGACUCAAAUAAUCAACUAAUCAUCAAGCUUUGAUUAUUUGAAUGAGCUGUGUCGUCCUAGAGCAGAACCUGAAACGUACAUCUCUUGGGGUCCCCAGGACUGAGUUUGGGAAACGCUGCAUUAAUGCAGUGUUAGAGUAAGACUUGUUUAUAAUGUGUUCAGUGCUAACUAAGCUAUUGAUGGACUAACGUUAUAGCAGACCAGCGUUCCUCACAAUGGCCCUGGAGAGCUACAGUACAGGCUGUGCAGGCUUUUGUUCCCGCCUAGCACUAACACACCUCCAAUCAAGCUGAUUAGUAGAAUCCGGUUAGUCACGGUUGAGCUGGAACAGUACAGAAGAACUAUGGAUUAUUCCAGUAUUACUGCUAGACAUUUCCAGUAUUAUUGUCCUGUUCCAGCACUUGUUUAGGGCAGAGCCAUGUAUUUACAUAUAUAUUGCUCUGGUUUAGGGCUAGUGUUACAAGGAAAUGAACAUGUUACACAGUCUGACGGUUGUCUAUUUGCUGCAUAAAAAUGAUUAUACUUUUUAGAUUGUACAAUGUUUUGUUGUUGUUGCUGAAAUCUUUUUUUGUAUUCCAUUUUUAAAGAUAAUUAUUUAGAAUAAAGCAUUCAUGUUAAGUGCCCUUUUUCUUGAAUGGAUGAUUUUAAUACAAUUAAAUAAUUAAAUUAGUAUGUAUGCAUGGUUGAAUACUAAAACCGUAAUAUAUUCUUAAUGAGGUGUGAGUUGGCUAUAUAGCCUGGGUUCCAGUCUGAUCUAUUCAUAAUGAGGUGUGAGUUGGCUAUAUAGCCUGGGUUCCAGUCUGAUAUAUUCGUAAUGAGUUGGCUAUAUAGCCUGCGUUCCAGUCUGAUAUAUUCGUAAUGAGUUGUGAGUUGGCUAUAUAGCCUGGGUCCCAGUCUGAUAUAUUCAUAAUGAGGUGUGAGUUGGCUAUAUAGCCUGGGUUCCAGUCUGAUCUAUUCAUAAUGAGGUGUGAGUUGGCUAUGUAGCCUGGGUUCCAGUCUGAUAUUUUCAUAAUGAAUUGUGAGUUGUCUAUAUAGCCUGGGUUCCAGUCUGAUCCAUUCUUAAUGAGGUGUGAGUUGGCUAUGUAGCCUGGGUUCCAGUCUGAUAUAUUCAUAAUGAGGUGUGAGUUGUCUAUAUAGCCUGGGUUCCAGUCUGAUCCAUUCUUAAUGAGGUGUGAGUUGGAUAUAAAGCCUGGGUUCCAGUUUGAUAUAUUCAUAAUGAGGUGUGAAUUGACUAUAAAGCCUGGGUUCCAGUCAGUUUCUGCUUAAACAAUCCCCACUCUCUCUUACAGCAGAAACAGACUGGUAUGGUACCCAGGCUCAUAUGAAUCGUCAGUGGAGUUAUCUAAAGCACCUACAGAUGUGGGACCAGGCUAGAGAUUUAUGGAUGAUUGUAGCAAUGUUCCUCCAAUCAAAUGUGAACAGCUUCAGAAGUGUGUUUGAAUCUAAUGAGUUGUGUGUUGUGUGUAUGAUUGGGACCAGAGGAGGCUGGUGAGGAGAGGACGCCUCAAUAAUGGAUAGAACUGAACGGUAACUAACACGAAAAAUCAGGUGUUUAACACGAAAAAUCAGGUGUUUUAUUUGUUUAAUACCAUUCCAUGUAUUCAAUCCCAGCCAUUACUAUGGCCUGAUAAUAGUGCUGAACAGGCUGCUUUAUGUUUUAAUGGACUCCCCUGAUCUAUCCUCUGUGCAUUGUAAUACAUACUGCAGCUGCCAUUCCAUUAAAGUGGUACCACUGGACCAGAGAGAU